AUGGGAGACAACAUCGACGAACGUGUUGACAAGGCGGCGCAGCCGCCGGCCGCCGGGGACGACGAGAAGAACCUUAAGCUGCCUGCCUUGGACGACGGCCAGGCAGAUGGAAACGUCACGGCCAAGGACGUCAAGGCUCGUCCCGAGCGCGAGGCCACGGCGGCCGACUACUUCCGCGUCUUCAGCUACGCGACGCGCUGGGACUUUGUGCUGAUGGCAGCCGCCGCCCUGGCCAGCAUCGGCGCGGGGACCACGCUGCCCCUGAUGAACGUCGUCUUCGGCCGGCUCGUGGGGAAUUUCACCGACUAUUUCACGCCGAACCCCCAGUCUGCGGACGACUUCACGUCCCAGGUCAACCGCAUGUCGCUAUACAUCUUUGCGCUCUUCAUUGCCCGCUUCGGGCUCAACUACAUCAACAAGUUCUGCUUCCGCCUCAUCGGCAUCCGCAUGUCGGCCGCCAUCCGGCUGCACUACCUCCGCUCGCUCUUCGGCCAGACCGUCCACGUCCUCGACUCGAUGCCGUCGGGCACCGCGGCGAGCACCAUCACGUCGUCGGCCAACACGCUGCAGCUCGGCAUCUCGGAGAAGCUGGGCACCUUCCUCGAAUUCAGCUCGACCAUCGUCACGGCCAUCAUCGUGGCCUUCACGCACAGCUGGUCGCUGACGCUGGUGACCGCCUCGGUGAUUCUCUUCAUCCUGCUCGUCAUCUCCAUUCUUCUGCCCUUCAUCAUCAAGGGCCACUCGAGGCUCACCAAGGCCGAUGCCCGGGGCACCUCGGUGGCCACCGAGGCCCUCGGCGCCAUCCGCAUGGUCACCUCGUGCGGCGCCGAGGCCCGCAUGAGCCAGCGAUAUGCCGAGUGGGUGAAGAAGGCCAAGCAGGCCACCCUGUUCACCUCGCCUUUCAUGUCGGCCCAGUUUGGCCUCAUCUUCUUUGGCCUGUUCGGUUCCUUCGCGCUGGCCUUCUGGUACGGCAUGAAGUCGCUGAUCGAAGGGCGCCUCGACGGCGGCAUCGGCACCGUCGUUGUCGUGCUCAUGUCGGUCAUGCUGAUGGUCGUCUCGCUCGAGCGCAUCUCCACGCCCCUCAUUGCCGUCUCCAAGGCCAUGGUGGCCGCGGCCGAGUUCUUCGCCGUCAUCGACGCGCCGCAGCCUAAUAUGGGAACGCUGAAAGAGCCCGACGUGUCGGCCGAGCAGGAUAUUGUCUUCGAGGAUGUGCACUUUGCCUAUCCCAGCCGCCCAUCCAAGAAGGUGCUGGACGGCUUGAAUCUCCGCAUUGCCGCCAACCUGAACACGGCGAUUGUCGGUCCUAGCGGGUCCGGCAAGAGUACCAUCGUGGGCCUGAUCGAGGGUUGGUACACACUUCAUGACCAGUACGUAAUCGCGAAGGCUGUUGAGAAGGACAAGAAGAAGGACAAGAAGAAGAAGAAAGGGGAGGGCAAGAAUGAGGAGGAUGACGCCGACGCUGACGAGGAUGCUCCGGCACCCUUGUCUACCGAGGAAAUGGGGCCGCCCGUCGAGCUGAAGGGCAGCAUAUCCACGUGCGGGAAGCAGCUCGGAGACAUCGACAUCAAGUGGUGGAGGUCCCAGAUCGGGCUCGUACAGCAGGAACCCUUCCUCUUCAACGACACCAUCUUCAACAACGUCGCGGCAGGUCUGAUCGGCACCGAGUGGGAAAAGGAGUCGGACGAGGUCAAGCGCAAGCUCGUCAAGGAAGCGUGCGCCGAGAGCUUCGCCGACGAGUUCAUCGACCGGCUGCCGGACGGCUACGACACGCAGGUGGGCGACCAGGGCGCGAAGCUGAGCGGCGGCCAGCGCCAGCGGCUCGCCAUCGCGCGCAGCAUCAUCAAGAAGCCCAAGAUCCUGAUCCUCGACGAGGCCACCUCCGCCAUCGACGUCCGCGGGGAGCGGAUCGUGCAGGCGGCGCUGGAGAGGGCGUCCAAGGGUCGGACCACCAUCACCAUUGCCCACCGGCUGUCCACCAUCAAGAACGCCGACCGCAUCUGCGUGUUGCAGAACGGCCGGGUCGUCGAGGAGGGAACCCACGACAGCCUGCUCGAAAACGAGCUGGGUGCCUACUACGGCCUUGUGCAUGCGCAGAAGCUGUCCCUGGGCGACGACACGGGUGGCAAGGAAAUGCACGAAGAAGAAGACCUGGGCGCUGUGCUCGCCCGCGAGAAGAGCGCGGCCAAGUCGGUGGCCGAGAACGCGAAGGAGGAUGCCAAGUGGCGAGAUCGGAACCUCUUCAACGGCUUCGGAAAGCUCCUGUACGAGCAGCGCCGCCGGUUUCCCUUCUACAUCCUCGCCAUCAUCGGCGGCAUGGGUGCGGCGGCGGCGACGCCGAUUCAAGCCUACCUCUUCGCCCAAGUGGUGGGCGUCAUCCAGGAGCCGUCCGACGCCGCGCGCCUGGACGGGGCCGUCUUCUGGGCCAAGAUGUGGACCGCGCUCGCCGCGGGCAUCGGCGCAAGCUACUGUCUGACCGCCUUCGUCGCGACGAAUCUGGAGGCCCACAUCGCGGCCACCUACCGGCAGGAGUACUUCGAGUCGCUGCUGUUCCAGCCCACGUCAUACUUCGACAAGGACGACAACGCGACGGGCCAGCUGACGGCGCGGCUCUCGAGCGACCCCCAGGCGCUCAAGGAACUGCUGGGCAUCAACAUGAUGAUGGUGCUGAUCGGCGUCUUCUCGCUGAUCGGCGCGCUCGCCAUCUCGUUCGCGUACGGCUGGAAGCUGGCCCUGGUGGCUCUCUGUGUGACGGUGCCGAUCGGGAUCGUGGCCGGCUACUUCCGCGUCCGGUACGAGCUGCAGUUCAACGCCAUGAACGAGGCCGUGUUCCAGGAGAGCUCCAAGUUCGGCGCCGAGUCCAUCGGCGCAUUCCGGACCGUCAGUGCGCUGGUCAUGGAGCAGAGCAUCUGCGACCGCUACCAGCGCCUGCUCGACGGCCACGUCACGGCGGCGUUCCGGAAGGCCCGGUGGACCACGCUUGUGUUCGCCUUUGCCGACAGCGUCAGCCUGGCCUGCCAGGCGCUCAUCUUCUGGUACGGCGGCCAGCUGAUGAAGAAUCGGGAAUACGACGUCAUCUCCUUCCUGGUCACCUACAUGGCCGUCAUCCAGGGCGCCGAGUCCGCCGGCCAGUGGCUAAGCUUCGGUCCGAACGCCGCGCAGGCCGCUGCGGCGGCGAACCGCAUCCUGCACGCCCGCGAGACGCGCAUCAAGGACGACGUCGCGCAGUCGGAGCAGAUCCCCGACGUGGACGGUGGCAUCAGGAUCGAGCUGAAGGACGUCCACUUCAAGUACCCCACGCGCGACGUCUCCAUCUUCAAGGGGCUCAACAUCACGAUCGAGAAGGGCCAAUUCGCGGCGCUGGUGGGCGCGUCCGGGUCCGGCAAGACGUCCAUCGUCAGCCUGCUGGAGCGCUUCUACGACGUGACCAAGGGCCAGAUCCUGUUCAACGGCAAGGACAUCUCCACCGUCAACGUGUACCAGUACCGCAAGCUGCUGUCGCUGGUGGCACAGGAGCCGUCGCUAUUCCACGGCACCAUCCGCGAGAACAUCCUGCUGGGGGUCGACCCGGCGGCCGUAACAGACGAGCAGCUGCACCAGUGCUGCCGGGACGCGAGCAUCCACGACUUCAUCGUGUCGCUGCCCGACGGGUAUAACACCAACAUCGGCAGCCGCGGCGUCAGCCUGAGCGGCGGCCAGAAGCAGCGGCUGUCGAUCGCGCGCGCCCUGAUCCGGAACCCGCGCGUGCUGCUGCUGGACGAGGCCACCAGCUCGCUCGACUCGGAGAGCGAGAAGCUGGUCCAGGCCGCGUUCGAGAAGGUCGCCAAGGGCCGCACCACCGUCGCCGUCGCGCAUCGCCUGGCCACCAUCCAGGGCGCGGACAUCAUCUACGUGCUUGGUGAGGGGAAGGUGCUCGAGAAAGGCACCCACGCCGAACUGCUGAGGCAGAAGGGCGUGUAUUGGCAUAUGUGCCACAACCAAGCCCUCGACAGGUAG